AUGGCACAGCUUACUCAGCAGGUCUCAGCUACCCAGCAGGCCAUUCACAAGCUGUCGAGGGACGAAACGGUUUUGGACUCCCUUUCCAAUAACCUUACCGAAUUCGUCUAUGAUCCGGAGCAAGGCAGUACGUUCGACUCCUGGUAUGCACGUUAUGCAGAUUUGUUCGACAAGGAUGCCGAAAAACUGGACGACGCUGCGAAAGUCCGGUUACUGAUGAGGAAGCUGAAUCCACAAGCACAUGAGCGGUUCACCAGUUUUAUACUUCCGAAGCUGUCCAAGGAGUUAUCGUUCAGUGAAACUAUUGGGAAGUUAAAAACGAUCUUCGGAUCCCCAGUGUCCGCGUUCCAUCGCCGUUAUCUGUGCUUGCAGACGACAAAAGACGAUUCCGAUAAUCUAGUGUCCUAUUCGUGCAAAGUUAAUAAAGCGUGUGUGGACUUCAAGUUAAAAGAUAUGUCAGAGGAACAGUUCAAGUGCCUCAUUUUCGUGAGUGGUCUCAAGUCAGCACGAGACUCGGACAUCCGUAUGAGGUUGAUAACGAAGUUAAACGAAACUAAGGACGUUUCUCUGGAACAAGUGGUGGAAGAUUGCAAGAAUUUACUGAACUUGAAAAAAGACAACAGUCUUGUUGAGAAACAGCAAUCAUUCAGUGCAGUGAAUGCCAUUCAUAAAGAGCGGCAUCCCAAACCAAAUCAUGAACAUUGGGCGGGAAAGUCAGUAAAUUCUACCAAUCUACCAAAAACUCCGUGUUGGGCGUGCGGUGCUAUGCACUUUUCUGUGGACUGUACAUACCGUGAACAUCAGUGUCGUGAGUGUAAAAAGAAAGGCCAUAAGGAAGGAUAUUGCGCCUGUUUUACGUCUGGCGGUAGCAGCAGCAGCAACAAGAAGAAAAAGAAGAAGAGUAGCAGAGAAGUGAAAAUAGUGUCCGUGAAUAAUAUCACCCAGAGCAGGAAGUACUCCGAAAUCGAAAUCAGGUUCCGGUACGAUUGCAGAUCGAUUCAGCGUCGGAUAUCACGAUCAUUUCUGACCAGUGUUGGCGAAAAAUCGGCGAAGGAACAAUUCCCUCUUGCAACGCCAAAUCUGCAUCUGUUAGGACGUAGUAAGCAGCGACUCCUAUGGUACUAA